AUGGGUCGUAACAGGGUAAGAAAAACAACAAUUGGCACCUUCACACAUGAAGAAAUGUCGAAUGCCGUAGAUAUGGUGUUAAAUGGUGUUUGUUCCAUUAGGGAAGCCGCUCGUCGAAACAAUUUAAAAAUCCCAACUGUUGCCAGAUAUGUCAAGAAAAAAUCAAAAAAUUCUUUAGCAAGAAUGUGUCCCAAGUAUAAUUCUCGACAAGUAUUCACGUCAUCCAUCGAGAAAGAAUUGGUAAAUUAUCUUUUACAAUGUUCAAAAAUGUGUUAUGGCAUAGGUUAUUCUGACUGUCGUAAAUUAGCAUUUCAGUUGGCUUUAAAAAAUAAUCUUGUUGUACCUCACAGCUGGAUUAUUAAUGAAAUGGCUGGAAUUGACUGGAUGAAGGAUUUUAUACGUAGAAAUCCCACUAUAAGUCUUAGGAAACCAGAAACAUGUAGUCUGUCACGGGCUACUUCAUUUAACAGACACAAUGUUUCAUUAUUUUUUGAUAAGCUUGAAAAUGUUUUGAAAAGACAUGAUUGUUUUGGGGAUGGCUCUAGAAUUUAUAACCUUGACGAAACAGGCGUUACAACUGUGCAGACACCCAAGAAAGUUAUAGCCCAAAAAGGUGUAAAACGUUUAAACCAAAUUACAAGUGCUGAAAGAGGUGUCUUAGUAACUGUAUGUUGCAUUAUUAACGCGUAUGGCCAUGCAUUACCACCAGUAAUUUUAUUUCCAAGGGUUCAUUUUAAAAAUCAUAUGAUAAAUGGUGCUCCUCCCGGGACACUUGGCUUAGCUUGCCAGUCAGGCUGGAUGAACACUGAUUUGUUUAUUGAAACAUUGUUACAUUUUAUUAAGUUCACUAAUUCAUCAAAAGAAAACCCUGCUCUUCUUAUCAUGGAUAACCAUGAAAGUCACAUUUCAUUAAGCUCCAUUGAUUCAGCAAAAAGUAAUGGCGUAACGAUUUUGACAUUGCCUCCUCAUUGCAGCAAUCGACUACAACCACUUGAUGUUUCAGUUUAUGGCCCAUUUAAGAAAUAUUAUAACUCUGCCGUUGAUGCAUGGUUACAGAACCAUCCAGGGAGGACAUUAGAUAUUUAUAAUAUUGCACCAUACGAUGAUUAUUUAGUAAGUGCUGUAACUGAUCGACCAUAUCAAAAUGUUGAUACUUCUAUCGUUAAUAACAAUUUAUUACCUCAAUCAAGCAGUAGUACUACAGAAAUAAAAACAAAUCAAAAUAUAAAUUUAACUGAAAAAAGUGAAGCAUCUUUUGAUAAACCUGGAAGACAACCUUUAAUUUUAAACACAACUGAGUCCACAAAUGUCAGUCCUGAUACCAUUAGACCAUACCCUAAAGCAGAUGAUCGAAAAAAUAAAAUGCAUAACAAAAGAAAAAAAGUAAGUGCGGUUGUUACAGACACUCCAGAAAAACUUAAAAUAGAAGAAGCUACAAAAACAAAAAAUGAAAAAAUAAAAAAAAGCCUUUUUCCUAAUAAAACCAAAAUAAAGAACAUUAAAAAAAUAAGCAAACCAACCAAACCAUUAGAUGAAAAUAACAUUUUAUCAGAUAGCUCAGCUGACAUGUGUGGUCCUGUUUUUACAUCAGAUGUGUCGGAUGCAGAGUCAUUUAGUUUUGAUGAAAUUACUGGUUUUGAAGAACUAGAUAAAGACCCAGAAGAGGGUGACUAUGUUUUAGUUAGAUUUGCCUGUUCUAAUUCUAAACAAGCAAAGAAAACUAUUUUCUAUGUUGGAAAAAUUAUUAAAAAUGUAGACAACGAAGGAUUUUUAGGAAUAUCUUACUUAAGAAGUUACAAAAAAUCUAAAAACAAGUUUGUUCUGCCACAAGUGCCAGAUUUAUCAUCUGUUUGCCUUAAAGAUAUAACUGCAAUAUUACCUAAGCCUAAAAUUAAUGGUAAAACAGCAAGGCAACAAUCAUUUUAUGCAUUUGAAGUAAAUUUAAGUAAUUUUGAAAUUCGUUAG